AUGAACAGAAAGAAAAAACUACUAGCAACUUGCCAGAAAUACUGUAGCAAACAAAAAAGAUCUUCAGAAAAAAUUCAAAUUAAAGAAACCAGUCUUAAAAAUGAAUCAGCUAAUGAUUAUAAAGACAUUAGUGAAUUUGUACAUGAUUCUUUGAUUUCUCUAGAAGGCUCAAAUAACAAUUAUGAAAGUGAUACUUUAGAGUUUUAUAUGAAUUUUGAUGUUCAUUUAGAGAAUAAGGAAUCAACAAAAUAUAAAGAGCUAGGUUGUCAGAUAGUAUCAUAUAUAGAAAAAGAAGAUAAGCUUAGUAAACUCAAGACUAAAAAUCCAGAUAUUAAUAAACAAAGAGACAAACCUACACAGCUUCAAUAA